CGAUGUAUACUUCCGGUGAAAGCAUAGUGACAGUUUUGACAGCAGGUGGGAUCCACAAUGGCGGAACGUCAUUAAUCGGUCAUUUAUCACCUUUGACAACCUGAUACUGAGAUCCUUCACAGUAAUUAACACCUUCAACAGGUGUCUGCGGACAGUACCUGAUCGACAAAUAUGACGGACCAAACAGAUUCAGAUGCAUCCGACUCGGUCGAGGACGUCAUUGAGAUACGUCCUAUGCCAAGACGAAAUGUUGUUGAAUUACAAGAUAUUGAGUCUGAAAACGAACAGUCGACAUUUCGUGCAUCCAAUCAACCGGACUUGAUGCAGCAUACUGGUGUUUUCCGUAGGACGGGAAGACUGAAGUCACAAGAAUUGCCAGUUUCUACUCCCAGACUGUAUCGGGAUCCCGACCAAGACCUACAGUUUCCGCCGGUAAUUCCUCUCAACGUCGGUGGCGUCAAAUACGUCACUCGUCUGUCUACGCUCUGUAAAUACCCAGACUCGAUGCUUGCCGCUCUUUUCAGCGGUCGCCAUGCUGUUGACAAGGACCAGAACGGUAACUACUUUCUAGACAGUAACGGUUCCAUGUUUGGAUAUAUUCUGGAGUUUCUCCGUAACGGCUCGGCUCCUCCUAACCAUGUGUCUGUGGCAGUUUAUAAAGAGGCUAAUUAUUACGGCAUUCAACAUCUCAUAGAGAAACUUCAGCUCAAGCCAGAAGUAGCCAGACUCCUUGUUCGGGAGGCUCACAGACAACAGUUUCCAAACUACUAUGAGGUUAAGAACAACGUCAUUCAACUUGCUGUAGACCACGCCAUUGUUAACAGACAAGGGGAGGUAAUUCUGUAUGUAUUUCGUACAGAAUUUGUACCCAAGGUGCCAAAUUUUAAUCUUAGUCAUGGCUGUGUUGUAGAAAAUGCUCAUUUGUCUGUCGGACCUUGGUCAGCCGCAGUCGAUGAAGAACUAUUCAUGAAAUGCUUGGAAACUGAUUUGAUAGAAGAAGGGUUUAAUCUCAAACCACAUGAAUCAAAAAAGAAAUGCCGAUAUUUUCAUGGACAAACAUGUCAGAAGUUUGUUUACCGACUACAAAUAAUGUUUUAGAAAAACAAAAAACAGUUUUUCCAUCAAAUUAAAUUAAAAGUUUUCCCAGAAAUUAUGAUUUAGUUUAGGGUAGAGAAGUUUUUUACAUAUAAACCACUUGUAUUGUACAUGAAACAUGACCAAUCAGGAUUAUGAGUGUCUUUAUUACUCCAGGGCUUAUGUUUACUAACCGGGUAUGUGUGUAAAUAAGCUAGUGCACAUCCCAUGGAGUAUCAAGGAUGGAAGAUGAGUUGUUCAAAAAUCACAAUGAGGAUUCUCAUACUAGAAUAUUUGAUGUCUCGCCUAUUUUAAAUAUAAAGGUUACACCCCUGUGCUAUUGUUUCGUGAAAUUAGUUUUUCGUUUUGGAAAAUUCUGUUUUCUUUAACAUUAGUUACCAUUGGUACCAGAACUAUUCUAAAUGUCUGUGAUAAUUAAAAUGUCAGAAUAUGUGUGUGUGAAAACACUGUUCAAAUCCUACAUACAAUAUUAAUUUUGUUUUUCCCGAUAAUUUAAAAGAUGGGAAUCUCACAUAAUGUCUGUUCUGAGCUCCUCAUAAAGCAAAUGUAUUAUUGUGGGUAAAGAUGUACUUGCUUCAAAAUGCAAUAAUAUUUGUUUUGUGUCUACAAUGUUAGGUCAAGAAUCUCACACCAUGGUCUGUUCAGCCCGAAAACGUUUGGAAAUGUUUUUUCCAAUUUUCACUUACGUGUCAGAUAUAUGCUUGUGUUCAAACCUGACAUAUGUUCUAUGUGUAUGUGGUGUUACACUUUACAUGGUAACACAGUGUUAUGUUCAUAACUACAGUGAAACCUGCCUAAUCCGACCCUUAUGUAUUCUGGAAUUCUGUCUGAUCCAACUCCCACAUAAACCAACAUGCUGUCUACUAUCCAACAUAAUGUUUAAAUCAUGUUUCUAAUAUAGAUGACCAACAAACAUCUUUGUAUUCUGAAAUCCUGUUCAAUGUGAAAAGUAUAUUAUGUUGUAUCCUGCAGGU